GUCGGCGCACGUCAUGGGGUUCAGGUGCCAGCGCGUGCGCAUCGCACGUUGCAGUCAGUGCAUUAUGGCCGCGCGCGCCGCUCUCGCGCUCGCCGCGCUCGCCGUGCUCGCGUCUGCGCAGCCAACAUACGUGUACGUCCGAGAAGACCCGAACGUCAACGACGUUGACGACGUCGACGUCGACGUCGAGCAACGUCAAACGACGCAGCUUCGCGACGAACUGCGCUCCGCCAGGGAAGAUGCUCUACUGCUGUACACGGAGUAUUCGGCGAAGGUUGGAAAGGAUAUGAAGACUUUUAUCAAGGAGAUGGUGGAUUUGAAGGAAGAGACGAAGAAAGGAGUCGAAGACACGCUGAGGAACGCUCCAGAACAUUGCUCGUCAAAAUUCGACCUGAGCGUAGCAGAGGCGGUGCGUGACGCACGCCGCGCCGCCACCUUCAGCGCGGAGAACCAUCAUAAGUUCCUGCUAGGACACAUGGUUGUGUUCCGAAUGCAUCUUAACAAGAGUGACGACUAUAUCAAGAAAUGUGACAAGAUGUUUUUAGACUGCGGAUUGGCAUGUGAGACGAUGCCACGUAUGAAGCGCUGGCGCAGCCUGGCCCAGCAAGAGAUCAACCGCGUCCGCGACGACAUCCUUCACUCGCGCCACGCUUACAAGGACCUAGUUGCGCACGCGACGCGGAAACUUAACCACGUGCGUAAGCACACGCGCGCCAGGGCCGACAAAGCUGUUGAGGAGCUGGAAAAGUGUAUUAAAUCGUAAUGUGUCUUUAUGAAGGACAAAUUCGAUGUCAUCAUAAUGAUUAUAGAGGGCCUUCAUAUAGUUGUGCCGUUCUCGCGAAUGUUCACUUUCUCUGUUUACUAUGGGGAAACCUAUACAAAACGUAGAACGUUCUCGAGAACGGCACAACUAUAGGUCUUCAUAAUUAUUAAUGAGGAACUAGAAAAGUAUUAAAUCGUAAUAUGUACGUUUCCGAACAAUAAGCUUCUGAAGGAAGCUUUCAAAUUUUCUGGUGUCCGUGUCUAUUCUACAGAGCACGAUUGCAAUUCACAACAAGCGUAGGUAUGUUUCUUUUUGGUUCAA